UUUAAAAGAGGGAGAACUUCCUCUGACCAAGGGCUGGGAGAGAGAGAGAGAGGGAGGGAGAGAGAGAGAGAGAAAGAAAGAGAUGAAACAGGGAUUCAUGGAGCAUAUCUUGCCGCUGGUGUUUCCCAUGUCUUCUUGUCCACAAUGCACUUUAGGAUUUCAAUAAGAUGCGUGUGUGUUUCCAGCUCGUCACUUUUCUUCUUGGCUUAAACUUCUGCAGCCAGCCGCUCCGAGCUCAGGAUCCAACCUGUUGCCAGCAUGCUGCUGAGUUCUCCUCUUGUAAAGACGCUUGUGACCAGCUUGCAACUAUAAAAAGUGAGUCUCGUCUGAAGCAUCUCCUCCAGAGGUUACCUAGCUACUGUCCAGAGUCUAUGAACGAACUGUGGGUGUGCAUUAAUUCUACGCUUCCAGGAGUAUCGAGAAAGUCCGAUGGCUGGGUGGGACUGGGCUGCUGUGAGCUGGCCAUCUCUGCUGAGUGUCGCAGGGAAUGCAGACAGGCAUCGUCUAAAAGUGAUAUAACCAAAGUAUGCAAGAAAAUUACAGAGAAUCCUCUCUACAGCUGCAUCACCAAAAAUGAAAUGGGCUCCACAUGCUGCAGCUAUGCAGGACGUCACACCACCUGCCGAGAGUACUGCCAGGCCAUCUUCAGGACGGACUCCACACCCACCGUGUCUCAGAUCACCGCUGUCAAAGAGUACUGUCAGAGUCACAGUCCUCAGCUGCUCAGCUGCGUCAACAACUUCACCAAGUCCUACCCCAUACGCAGCCCCAUAGAUAGUCUGUACUGCUGUGACCGGGCGGAAGCCACCCACUGCCAGGUCGCUUGCAGGAAAAUACUUCGCACCAUGAACACAGAGCAUGAGAUCAUGGAGGGAUUGAUCAAGGAGUGCGGCUCCCAGCCCCUCCCUCAGGAACCCAUGUGGCAGUGCUUUCUGGGUUCCAAACCUCCCUCUCCACCUGAAGUGGAAACACCCCAUCCAGUCAAGAUGGACUGUGCCAAACUGCACUGCUGCUCCAAGGCCAACACUUCACUCUGCAGAGAAAUGUGUCAGGAAAUAAGCACCAACUGGGGCAGCCAAACGUGGCAGGACUUCGAUCAGCUCUGUGAGUACAACCCCGUGGAGGCCGAGCUCAUUAACUGCCUGGCGGACGUCCGAGAACCCUGCCAGCUGGGCUGCAAAGACCUCGCCUACUGCACCAACUUCAACAACAGGCCCACAGAGCUGUUUCGUAGCUGUAACGUCCAGUCAGACCAGGGCGCUAUGAACGACAUCAAGCUCUGGUCCAACGGCACUAUAAAGAUGCCGUUCAUGAACAUCCCAGUACUGGACAUCAGGAAGUGCAUGCCAGACAUGUGGAAGGCCGUAGCGUGUUCCCUGCAGAUCAAACCCUGCCACAGCAAGUUUAGGGGAAGCGUCAUAUGCAAGUCAGACUGUGUGGACAUUCUGACCCAGUGUGGGGACAGGAAGCGCUUCCACGAAGGACAAACACCAGAAAGAAUUUGUGAACUACUGUCACCCAUCGAUGACCCUGAACGCUGCAUCCCUCUUCACAGAUACCUUACCCCCAGUUCCUUAGGCAACAGCGUUGUUGAGGAGGUCAUUCACCCAUGCAACCCUAACCCCUGUCCCAGCAACCAUCUCUGCCAGGUCAACAGGAAGGGGUGCCUGGACGAACUCAACUGUCAGCCCUACCUCUGUUUACCAGGCUGUAAAUUGGGCGAGGCGUCCGAGUUCCUGGUGCAGCAGGACGCUCUUAUCCAGGUGCCGACUCGCAUGAGGGCUGCCGGGUGCUACGAAAUGUGCAGCUGCGGCCCCAGUGGGCGUCUGGAGAACUGCGUGGAGAUGCCGUGUGUGGACAUCAACAAGCCCUGCAUCGUAGAAGGACAGCAAAAGAACCACGGGACUUCAUUCAGGGUUGCCUGCGACACAUGUUCCUGCUUCGCUGGAAACACCAUCUGCUCCACUCGAGAAUGCGGCAGCUAUGGCAACACAGAGGAGACUCCACGGCACUUUACCGGUCUCCCAUGCAACUGUCCUGACAGGUUCAUCCCAGUGUGUGCCUCUAAUGGCCGGACCUACCCAAGUGCCUGUAUGGCCCGCUGUAUGGGAUUCAAGGACCACCAGUUCGUCUUUGGCCAGUGUCGCCUCAGUAACCCUUGUGCCAACAAGCCCUGUCAGAGAAAUCAAAGGUGCAUCCCAAAGUAUCGAGUGUGUCUGAGCGACGUGUCAGACUGCCCGCAGCACGAGUGUGUUGGCCGACCGGGCUCCUGCGACAAGAACAGCAUCGAACCAGUCUGCGAUACUGAUGGCCUGGUCCACGCCAGUCUGUGCCAACUGCAGCAGGCUGGAAAGACUCUGGCUUACACGGGUCACUGUGAGGAAGCCUGCAAGACAAAACAGCCAGUUUGUGGCCACAACGGUGAGACCUACAACACCGUUUGCGACGCCUUCUCUGACAGAGUAGCUGUGGACUACGAGAGCGCCUGCCACGCUGUCGGAGCAGUGUCCGACAUGAAUCUGGACUCUGGGUGUGGUUCAAUUAACUGUCCACCUCUGUCCAUGGCGGGCUGCCAACCAGUUACUCCCCCAGGAGCUUGCUGUCCCAUCUGCGCCAGCAUACUGCAGAUCCUCUGGAACAAAGAGCAGAUGAACACUUUCUCCAAGUUGAGUAAGAUGCAGCCUUUCACGGUCCACAACGUCCUCCAGAUCUUGCGGCAUCACGUCUCAGUGCCACAGUGUGACGUUUUCGGCUAUCUGAGCAUCAACCAUGAGCUGGUGGUGCUCAUUGCACCGGUGGAGCAACACCCGACAGCACUGCAGAUUGAAGCCUGCAGCAAGGAGGCAGAGAAGAUCAACUCCCUCAUCAACUAUGGCAGCCCCACGUUAGUCUCCCAGGUCCCGCUCUCUGCCUUUCUGGCCUCUGAGAUCAAGAUCUCCUCCAUCCACUCGUCUGCCGCUGCUCCCCCAUCACUGCUGCCCACUGGCUCCGGCCUUUUCCUUCUAAGCCUCCUGGUUGCCUGGUCCCUUCCUGGCCUCUGCUGACUCGAAGUGAUUGUUUUCCUUAUCCACCUCCACUAUUCAUCUCACAAAACUUUUCCAAAGUAUUCUCCCAUUCCAGGCACUACAGCAGAGGACGAGAGGGCUGCGAUGAGGUUAGUGUACCAGCAGGGUAGGGAAAAAAAAAAAAAAAAAAAAAAAACAAUCAGUAUCCUGGACUCGUCUGCGUGUCAAACAAUCAAGGUGACGCGAAAGCUAUUUUUUGUAUUAUUAAUCCUAUUUUUAUGAUGGAGAGCUUUAGUAUUUGAACAGUAUUAUUCAGUUAUUCAGUGGAUGAGUUACUCAUAGUGUUUGCCUUCCAUGAAUUGUGUCUGUAUGUGCGAGUGCAAGUGACUUAGCGUAAGGUAGCUGUAUACUUUAACCUUUAACCUCUUACGACUUGUCUUGAUCAAAGGCGCGUGUGUUUGUGUGAGCUGUUAUGUAGCUAAAACAAAUUUUGAAGUAGCAAUGACAAUUUUGCUGGAUCUUAAUGGUGAAGUUUUUUUUUAUUAUUCUCUAUUAGGUCGGGUUUAGGUGGUACAAGGAGUUUUAACCCUCGUACGGUCCUUUGGGUCAAGGUGACCAUCCAAAUGUGCCUUUGUGUGUAUGUGUGUGUGCGUAUAUGUAUCUGUAUCGCACGGCUUGUGCCAACUUUUCCUCGUAUUCAUUAAUACUCAUAUUUUGGGACGAAAAGAUGAAAAUCAUUGCAAGGACGAAGGGUGUGUACAAAAAUGCGAAGGACAACGGGGAGGGUUAAAACAUAAAUUCACACAGUGACCAUUUCUUUUAUCGUGUUUGUUUAGAGUGCAAUGAAAACCACAAAAAUUCAUGAAAUUCACCAGAAUCAAUUCACAAAAUGAUGAAUGGCAUUUAUUGAAAAUGGUGCCUUUCGUAUAGACUUGGUGAAAAAUGUUGACAAUUUAAAGGACCAUCAGUCUAUUUGCUUAUCCACACAAACUGUUUUAAAAAAAACUGCGAUUUUAAACGACACGUUAGCUCAGGAGUACUCAAACGAACGAGAAAUAAAUUCAACUAAAUACUCGACUAAAAGUGCCCUACUACAUGAUGCGAAACAAAAAUAUCACUUAAAGUGAUAGACACACGGGACCAAAGUGAUUUCAGGGGUCGCAGGUAGUCCGGCAUCGUAUACCAAAAAUCGUAGGUAAAAUAAUGCCAUUAUUAACAACAGCCUACAAUCGUUGGCACAGACAUGACAGCAUGUUUACAAGUGCUGAUCGAAUCUGCUCACAGUUAGCAAAGAGGCGGUUUGCGGGCUUAGAUGCAGUUAAAUAAUUAUGGAAAUAUCACACAUGGAGGGCUAGGGUGGAUUUUCGUCGCCAUUUCGUCUUUACUACUACAGAGUGAUUUGUUGUGUUUGCGUCUUUGGAGAUAGCUACGGACCAAUACAUCUGUCUGUGUGUGUGUUUGUGAGAGAGAGAGAAAUUCUUAACCUUUAACCUCAGUAUCGCUGCGAUAUGACUUGUUGUUUGGCCUUUUGUUUAGACGCAUUCGGAGUGUUGGGGAAGAGGGAAUGCAGGUCCCAGAGUGAAAAGGUUUGACAACUCCGUAUCUGCUUCACCAUGUGAACAAAACAGGGCUCCGCAUCUAUGACUUGCAGUCGCAUCGCAGUCGCAUCGCAGUCGUGUAAACAUGGUCUUAGAGAGUUGACCGAGGAUCACCUUUCAGUCAAAGGGGGACAAAGGCUGUGUGCUCUCUAUACCCCCCCCCCACUAUCUUGUUUUAUCUCUGUUCUAUUUAAUCUGGUUCUAUUUUAUCCACUAGCAAUAAUUUAUUGUCGUAUAAAAACCUGCAACAAUCAAAAGAUAAUACGUUCACUCCACCUCUUCGUCGCUUUGCUAAUCUGCAUCCUGCGUAGUAUCCGCUCAAAAAUAACUUUUGAUUAAAUGAAUUAAAAACUCCCAUUAGCAGGAAUCAAUAAGAAAUCACAAGAAGGUGGCAGUGAUACUACACCAUAGCCUGUGUUAAAUUAAAACUUUAAAACAAAGAAAAGGACAGUCUUCCUCAGGGACAUUGAAUUAAAACAUCCGCAGCAUUACGUCACGAUAUAAAAUUGAAAAUGAAUAAAACAAUUAAAAAUGAAUAAAAAAAAAAAUUAAAAAGCCAUAAACUAAAUGAUUCGUCUCAGUGAACUGAGAAAACAAAUUGGCAAUCAUAGCACCAUCUGCAGGGAAGGAACGGGAGCUGCACGCUCGUCGUUUACAAACAUAAAACCAAAGUAUACAGCAGGGUAGUGCAAACUAGCAGUAAAGUCGUAUCUUGUGACCACCAUUUCUGGUAUAUUUUAUUUUAUUAUUUUAAGUGGUGAAGGACUAGUGACACUAACCAGGACAGGAAAUCACACAUCAACACUUCCUGUGUGUGAGGCCAGUAGACGUGAAGUUAAAGGGACAUCUUCUCUCUAUACAUACGAAGCAGAAGCCAUUUUAUAGUGUUAUAAAUGACAAUCAGCCUGUCACUGCAGGCAGGGGUAGAUAUGUUUACUACACAGUAUGCCUUGCAUAUAGUGUCUUAUAUGAAGUAUUAGUAAAAAAAAAAA